AUGCCCGUCCCCUCGCCUGCCAAUGGCAUCAUCGCCAGAGCUUCCAUAGUCCGCAAUGUCACCACCGUUCGCGCCUUCCAAUCGUCAACGGGUUCAAGGAGUAUUAUGCCCGACGCCGAGAACCCGGCGCCCAAGGAGAGCGAGCCGAUCGAUGAGCCCAAGGUUGCGACAGGACUGACAGCAGAGGAGUUCCAUGAGCGAGCAGACCACUAUCUGAAUGAGCUGGUGCAACGAUUAGAAGAGGCACAGGAAAAAGAUCCUGGCAUUGAGGUUGAUUACUCUGCCGGCGUCCUUGAAGUGACUCUCCAAGAGAACACUUUUGUCCUCAACAAGCAACCCCCCAACAAGCAAAUCUGGCUCAGCUCGCCCCUCUCCGGCCCGAAACGUUUCGAUUGGGUCGUGUCGCAGGAAGGCAUGGACUUCAAGGAGGGCGGUGGCGUUGGAGACUGGAUAUACCUGAGGGACGGCAGCUCGCUUACGGAGAUCCUGAGGAAGGAGUUGGGCGUCGAUGUCAGCGUCGAUGAUCAGGUUCCACGCUGA